AUGAACUUUUUUUUCGAGGGCCCGGGAGCCGCCCAGAACAUUGGUCAAUUCGGACUUCUGUUCAUCCUCUUGUUUCUCCAUUUCCCUUCUUCAAGCCUUAUGCAACAGCUAUGUGUCACCCCUGACCAGGGUCAGGCACCGGCAACCCAGUUUCCGAGGUUCAAGUGCCACCACUUCCAACAACUACAUGGGAAACAGCCACGCAUAGCCAUAGUCGGCGCAGGCAUAACAGGCACAACACUCGCGAUAGCUCUCACCCGCCGCAACAUCCCCUUCACCGUGUACGAACAGUCCCUGCGGGCAACUGAGGUCGGCGCCGGACUCGGAAUUGGCCCGAAUGCGGUACGGGCAAUGAAGAUUAUAGACGAGAAGCUGUUCGAGAGCUUUUUGCGCGUCCGUACACCACGGGACAUCCGCUCACUUGCCAGUAAGGGGUGUGAAGUUCAAGAAUGGAAAGGCAAGGAGGAAGCGCCGGUGUGGAUUGAGUUCCUGGACGGCACCUCCCCUGUUGAUGCCCGGAAACUGGAGCCUGCUUUCAAGGUGUUUGCGAAGGCCGGAGAUCAUCUUGGGGCGGUACAACGGGCCAAGUGGCUCGAGGUGCUGAUGGGGAUGGUACCAGGGGGAGUGGUGCAGUUUGGGAAGCGGCUCGAGGGAAUUGAGCAGGACGGUGAGCGAGUCAUACUCAAGUUUGAAGACGGUACGAUGGCCGAGGCGGAUGCGGUGGUUGGGUGUGACGGCGUCAAAUCCAAGGUCAGAGAGGUGCUGGUGGGCGGACGGGAGAUGUACGGGGCGAAGUCUGGGUAUAGUGGGAAGUAUGCCUAUCGAUGCAUGAUUCCGAUGGAGAGCGCCCUGGAGGUGCUAGGGAGGGAGAGGACGGGGGUGUCGAGUCUGUGGAUGGGCCACGGCAGACACGUCCUCACGUUUCCUCUCGGAAACCCCGGAACUGGUCAACUCCUCAACCUUGUUGCCUUUGUGACUGACUCGAACCAGUCGUGGCCCAAGCAGGACUCCCGAAGCUUCACCCUCCCUGCCACGAGGGAAGAUGUCCUGCGAGACUUUGAUGAGGGAGGCUUCAGCAGGACGAUACAAAACCUGUUACGGCUGACAAAAGACAAGAUGGAUAAGUGGGGCCUCUUCGACCUAGCCGUCCAGCCUCUCCCCACGUUCUGCUCCAGCCGUAUCCUCAUCAUCGGCGACGCCGCCCAUGCCAGCACUCCGCACCACGGCUCCGGCGCCGGCUUCUGCAUGGAGGACGUCGCAGUGCUAUCGUCCCUGCUUGAGGAACUCGUGUGGAGCCACGAUGAGCCAAACCAUUGGGAUUUCGAGUCAGUAUUUGCGGCCUUGGAUGCCAGCCGCCGAGAGCGAGACCAGUGGUUAGUCCAGAGCAGCCGGCGCGCGGCGGACUUGUACGAGUGGCGGCUGCCGAACACGGGCAAAGAACAUUUUGAAGCGAUGCGGAAAGACAUUGAGGAGCGACAGGUAGUGUGCUGGGGCAUUGAUCUCGACAAGACAAUCCGGGAAGCCAAGGACGACUUGAGGAGGAGAAGAGGGGUUCUGACUCAAGCGGCAGCUAGGUAG